AAAACCAGAACUUGAUUGAAGAAGAAGAAGAAGAAGAAGAAGAAGAAAAGAAUGGGCAUGAGUGGAAGAAGAUUUUAUCAUUGUCAUAUUGUUUUCUUCCUAUUGGGUCCUUUCUGCUGUUCAGGAUUAAAGGCAACAGUGAAGGAAGCCAUUGGACACAUGAAAGGUGUAGACCAUGAAGAGAAAGAAGUAAAGUUCACUUCCCAAACUUCCACCACCCAAAGGGACAUCACAACCCCAAUAACAACUGUCCCAACAAUAACUCCCAACAAUCCUACUUCAUCAACACCAAUUAUGAACCCGAAUUCGAACCCGGAUUCCACCUCUCCGGUCACCACUACACCUACUCUCACCCCAAGCAUUACCACAUCCCCUGCUUCUACAGGCGCGAGUUGGUGCGUUUCUAGCCAAGGUGCAUCACAAAUUGCAUUGCAAGUUGCUUUGGACUAUGCUUGUGGCUAUGGUGGCACUGAUUGUUCGGCAAUUCAGCCCGGUGGGAGCUGUUACAAUCCGAACACCAUCCAAGACCAUGCUUCUUUUGCAUUUAACAGCUAUUAUCAGAAGAACCCGGUUCCUAAUAGCUGCAACUUUGGUGGAACUGCUGUUAUUACUAGCACAAAUCCAAGUACAGGAACAUGCCAAUACCCCUCAACUAGCACAAGUUCUUCAGUCUUAAAUACAACCAAUUCAAGUGGAUCAACUGUUUUCGGUGCGGUGCCUUCUGGUCCUUCACCACCCUCAUCAGCAGCUGCUAAAUUGAAUAAAAAUCGAAUCCCACAUUUGUUCAUGACAUUAUGUCUAAUGCUGUUGAUACCCAAAUGAGUGUCACAGAAGGAAAUAUGAAUAGCUCUAAAGAAUAUUAACUUGCCCAUCUAAAGAUGGUCCUUAUUUUCUUGAUACUCAGAAAGCAUACAAGGAGAUAUGCUGAUAUAACUGGUGACAUGUUUUGCAGCCUUAGCCCCAAGUCAAGUUACACUUCUCAAAGUUGAGUAAAGUGAGUUUUUACUGAUAAAGAGAGACCACCUAGAAAGAAAGAACAUAUGGGAGAUGGGUUUUUGUAGAUUUAACCAUAGCUGUUCCUCUGUAUUUAUGGUUUUUUGUUAGUGCUAGAGCAAUAAUAUUACUUCCAAAGUUCAAAGAAGCUAAGGAGGCUUCUGGAUUGUAUGUAAAU